CUUUUUUUGAAAAAAAUCGAAAAAAUGUGAGAUGACGUAAUUAAAAAAAUUAGUUAUUUUUGUUUUCACUAUUGGUAUCACAAGUUGUCAACUAUCAUUCAUUACGUCAUUUGUCAUAUAUGUUUGUUGUCUUCGUUCAAAAAUAAUCGGUUAUUCUGGUUUUUAGUAGAAUGUGUGAAGAUUAAUUUUAAGAAAUGUAUAUUGCAUCAGUUUCGUCAACAGUUAAAUUUCAUGAAUUUCCGAAUGGCAAUGUCAUUCACAAUUAUCAACCUGGAAAAGUAGAAGGACCAAUCAGAAGUAUUUCCUGGAGCAAAGAUGGUAACUGGCUUCUUGUGGUUCCUUACUCAGGUCAGACAGAAAUAGUCAGCACUAAAGAUCAACUAAAGCUACUCAAAACCAUACAUGAAGUAAACGAACCAACGUCUGCUUGCUUUCAAAAUACAACCAAGAAAAACAUAGGUAUUGGAACAAAGAGUGGUUUGGUAAUGAUAUACGAUAUUAAAUCUAGAAAUGUUAAGAAAAGAUUUCCUAGAGCUUCUUCCCAAAUUACUCACAUAGCUUUUACGGCUAAAGAUACUCAUUGUGUCGCAGGUUGUGAAAAUGGGGAUGUUCUAGUCUAUAACAAUGUAACAAACAGUCCGCCAGCCAAUCUCCGCGUACCAAAAUCAAAUUCAAUAACUAGCCUUAAAACUAAUAAUUUAAAAAGGAAUUUAGUAAUGGGAGGUAGCAAGGAAGGAAUUAUUGUUGUAUGGGAUAUCAAUAUAAACAGAAGUAAAUUUUGUGCAGAAGCCCAUAAGGCUUCAAUAAAUUCCGUGGCCUUUUCUCCAGUUAAUUCUGAUCUAAUUGUCACAGCUGGAGCUGAUAGACAGUUUUGUUUUUAUGAUAUAGCUGAUAAUAAAUGUAUAGCAAGUAUUUCUGUAGAAAAUAGCAUCACUGCCGUCGAUUUCUCACCCGAUGGUACAUACUUUGUAACAGCAUCUCAAAAUGGCCAUGUAUAUGUCUAUGAUUCGAGAAAUAUUCAGGAACCUGUACAUUCCUUCCUAGCUCAUAAAAGUUCAAUAAGGCAUGUAGCUUUUCAGAAUGUUCAAGAAAGCAAUAAUUCUAGUAUGUGCAGUUUAUCUUCAGAAAGUUUAUUAACAUCUGCAUCUAUAGAUAAUGUUACUAAAAGAAGAACUAGGAGUGUCAGGACCAGCGAGAUUUUUGGUACUUUUAUUCCUUCAGCUGAGCCAUCACCAGUUGAGCAAACGUCUGUGGGUUCAGUGGAUGGUGGUGAUUCUUUUAUGAUGGCACUUGGUUUGGAUAAAAAUUUCACUGAUUCUGUGAAGCAUAAUGAUAGUGUAUUCAUUAAAGAAAACAGUAGGCUACCUAGCAUCCACGAUACCGAGCCUUCAUUACCAGCAUAUUCACUUAAAGUUGAUAAAACAGAACCCGACGAUUCUAAACCCAAGCAGUUCUCUUCAACUCCAAAAUUCAAUUUCCAAAACAGGUCAGAGUUAUCUCCAAAUAUUGCCUCCAAUAGUUUAACAACCAAUGAAAUUAAAUCUAUAGUUAAAGAUUUAUUUAAUGAAGAAUUUAAAAGUGUUGUUAGUGACUUAAAGAAUGACAUCAAGUACCAAGGUACACAUAUAACUUAUCAAUUAAGAACUAUGUUGUUAGACAUGCAGAUGGCUAUGGUUAAAGAGUUCAUAAAAUUGGAAAAUUACAAUAACAGACUGAGAGAGGAUAUUUGUCCAAAUGUCAAUUAUGAUACUAAUUUAAUGGAAGAAAAUGAGAGGUUAAGAAAACAUAUUCAAUUUUUAGAAGAACAAUUAAAGAAUUUAACGACAAAAAAGGAAGAUGAGUGAUUUUUUUAUUUAAGUUAAAUGUGUAAAGCAAAAGUAAUCACUGUAAAUUAUUUUGAGAUUUAUAUAUAAAAUAAAUUUACCCUAUUAUAUUGUAGUGCAGUGUUAUCAUAUUCAUUUAAGAGCUGGAUAUGACUGCCAAAAUAAUAUUGAAUAUAAAUUUGUUUACUGAAUUUUGAAUUCAGUCAACCAUUAGAAGAGCUUAACUUAAAAAGAAAACAUUUUUAUCUGCAUAAGAAAGAGUCUACAGUGGUUGGACCAUUCAUUUAGACUUUUGAAAUAAAAAUAUUUUAAUUCAUCUUAUAUGAAUCAUGUAGUUAAAAAUACCUUUAUACAAAAUAAAACAUUACUUUUUAAUCAUAAUACCCAGCUCUGAUUCAUCUAUACUAAAAAGUUUUCAUCUAGAAAUAUUUUUGGUUAAUAUGCUGUAUAUUUUUUAUACCAUUUGUAUUAAUUGUGAAAAAAUUUUUGUACUUGGAG